GAAGAAAAGGCAAAGAUAUCAUGGAUGUUGGCCUAGCUAUAGUUGCAAUAUCCUCUUGGCAGGACGUCUUUGUAGUGGGGAGCAGCCUGCCCAACCCAUCCCUCAGUGCCAGGACUUGAGGAGAGAAGCGCUCACACGCACUGUACUCACGGCGCCUGCUCUGGUCCGCUCCUUCGACAGUGCGCAGCCUAAUUCAGUCCAGACAAGAGACACCCUCGACCAGGUCCCGGACUCUACCUAGGCUACUGCUGAGGCCGUUCGAACAGGACAUGCCUCGAAGAGCGAAUCAUAGAAUAUAGGACCAACGAAUCCAAUUCCUUGCAAAGGAAAAGGUUGACAUCACAUGUGAAUUAUUUGGAGGCAGAGGUGUAUAAACAAACGGAGCAGAUAAAGGUGUAUACAUUACCAUGCCCUGUCUCCAUCGCCACCACCACAUUCGUUUAGCGUCCUUUUCAUUUUCUGCACAGACGCAGAAUACGUGGAAUUAUUGAUUAAAAGGGAAGAGGAUUUCAAUGUGGACGGGAGGAGAGGAGACACUCGUGACGCUGACAGUCACAUCAAUUUAGGAGCGGCCCUUCAGAGGAUAGCCGUUUAUAUGUGAAAGACAGAAAUUAAGUCGUCUUCAGGAUAGCACUGUGUGCGAGUGCAUCCGAUCGGAGUUUGCUGGCGAUCUGCGGGACUGCUGCUCCCCGUAUUUGCGGCCAUGCUGCGGGAAGCAUCCUCCGAGCUCUUCCCGACUUGAGGGGCUUUUACCAGCCGAUUGUUAUAACAGUGAAUUCGUUAAAAUGAUUUCGUGGUCUAGAAAACGGCUAUUCCCGGGGCUUUUUUGCAAUAUUUGUUUCAUCGUUUGCUAAAGGACUCUGCGCAGAGAGAGCUGAUCAUAUUUCACAUAGCUCUGACAUUUGUAUCCUAACAAAAUUGUGUGAAAAACAUUUCAUUAUUUAUAGACUAUGUUCCGUGAAUUGCAGAACAAAAGUUUUGGGUUGUGUCCCGGGUUGAAUAGUGUAGCCCUAUGGGGUUUUAAGUGUUUCUCUGUUUGUGUUUAUAGUAGGCACUCGUAGCAGCCAAUUCGCUCAAGCUUAUUAUGUGAGUUAGGCAUUGUAUUCAAAUCUGAAUUAAUGUGUUGGAUGUUGUUUCCCCUACUGGUAUUGCACUCUAACAGCUGGACAGUGUACCAUUCACGAGGGGACAGGUGUGUUGUCCAAAGAGUCAGGUGGGGAACGAACCCAGAGGUCCUAUCCACUUUAAGCCCUUUAUGGGGGGGUUAAUGUUUCGUGCAAAAACAAAUAUUUUUAUGCAAGUCAGCCUUGCAUGACUGCCUGGGGGAGCAAGUCAUUUCGUACAGCAGAUUCUAACAUCCGAACAUGGGCACCAAACAGACCAAAGGUGCCGGGUGCCAAGAGGCUGGGCCCAGCCCACAGCACGGGUGGAAACGGACCCCUACCAAGGAGAGGGGUGACAUCUUUACCUCCUUCAUGUUGAGGUCAGGGGACCGGCUGAGUCGUGGAGGGUCCCCUCCGCCCUACCAGCGCCGGAUAGGCAUGAUCCAGGAGAUGAUGCUGAUGGCCAAGCAAGGCAAACAGGACAAGGCCACAGAGAUGCUGCAGACACUCCGGCAGGACUUGGGGAUGGAGUCCACGUCUCUGGAUGACGUGCUGUACCGUUACGCCAGCUUCAGGAACCUGGUGGACCCCAUCACCCACGACCUCGUCAUCAGCCUGGCCAGAUACAUCCAGUGCCCCCCCAAGACAGGCCCGGGGGAGGAUUCUCUGGGUGCCAUGGAGAAGGUAUGUCGCCAGUUGACCUAUCACCUGAGCCCACACUCACAGUGGAGACGGCAGGGCAUACUGAAGAGGAAGCCGCUGGCUUGUCUCAAGGUCAUGUUGUCGACCCCUCCCCCUAACGGGGCGCUGGACCUUUCGGGCAUCCCCCUGACGGUGCGUGACAUGGAGCGCCUUUGUGCCUACCUGCAGCGCCACGCGCCCAUCAUCUGCAGCCUGGAGCUGGGCUUCACCGAGCUCACCGACGACGCCUUCCUCCUCCUCCUGCCCACGCUGGCCGCCCUGCCCCGCCUGGAGACCCUGGCCCUCAACGGCAACCGGCUGACCCGUGCUGUCCUCAAGGAGCUGACGGACAGCCUGAAGGACCCGGCCAGCUUCCCCAGUGUCACGUGGAUCGACCUGGGCAACAACGUGGACAUCUUCUCCCUGCCCCAGCCCUUCCUGGUGAGUCUGAGGAAGCGCUGCCCCAAGCAGGGCAACCUGCCCACCAUCCUGGAGUUUGGUGAGAGCCAGGCCAGCGAGCCUGAGGGGAGGGUGGGGGAUGAUGACGAUGACAGGGAUGACACCAACAGGACAGUGAGCAUGGAUGAACUGAGGUCGGAGGUGGAGGGGGAGAUGGACGGAGAGACGGAGAUUGAGGAGAUGAUGGAAGAGUUGCUGGACUUUGACCUGGAGGUGCAGGGGAAGGAGAACGAGAUCGAGGACAGCAUGUGGACAAUGGAGGAGCAGAGGAGGGAGGGAAAGAGGAGGGAGGAGACACGGGGACAGGGAAUUGGGAAGAUGGUGGAGAGGGCGGAGCUAGAGGAGGAAGACACACAGAGUGAGUCCUCCCACUUGUCGUGCUCCAGCCAAUCGCAGCAUUCCUCGGGAGUGGUUGAGCUGAUGAAGGAGGAUGAAGGAGAGGAGGGGACUGAUCACUUAAACCACCUAACCUGAGCAAGAACCCCGAUCCACUCUGCUUGUAACUUCCCCUCCCACGUUUUGUCUAGAAGGAGAGGAGAGCAGUACCAGCAAACAGUGAACGUUGCUAUAACGUUAGAUAGCGUCAUUGGAAUGCAUAGGUAACCGGAACUUGUUUUCUGUGUUGGACAUCUGGGGGAGGGACUCUGUCAUCUCAACCUGCUGGAAUGGAUCCGGAAAAACCAACUGAUCUGGGUGGACUGUUCGUCCACGGAUGUACAGUUUAGGGAGAUGACAAUCCAGGUUGAAAGAGGAGGACGUUUGUGAUAACUCUUAUUGUUGUUUCAUUAUGAAUUAGGAUUAUAAUCCUCUGUAGUAAAGAGUAAAAGAUUUAUUAUAUAUCAAAUGUAGAAAAAAAUUUACAUUUUCUAAUGUACAUGUGGGUAUGUCAUAUCUGGCACGUAUGAGAUGUUUCAUUCAGGUUUUACUCCCUGCUCAUCCUGUCCUAUAGAUGGAUGAAUGCCUAUGUGCCUGUCACUUGUUCCCCUCUUUGUGGAGGGACUGUGUAUGUCAGACAGACAGACAGACAGACAGACAGACAGACAGACAGACAGACAGACAGACGGACGGGUAGACGGGUAGACAGACAGACAGACGGGUAGACAGACAGACAGACGGGUAGACAGACAGACAGACGGGUAGACAGACAGACAGACGGGUAGACAGACAGACAGACGGGUAGACAGACAGACAGACGGGUAGACGGGUAGACAGACGGGUAGACGGGUAGACAGACGGGUAGACGGGUAGGUAGACAGACAGACAGACAGACAGACGGGUAGGUAGACAGACAGACAGACAGACAGACGGGUAGGUAGACAGACAGACAGACAGACAGACGGGUAGGUAGACAGACAGACAGACAGACGGGUAGGUAGACAGACAGACAGACGGGUAGGUAAACAGACAGACAGACGGGUAGGUAGACAGACAGACAGACGGGUAGGUAGACAGACAGACAGACGGGUAGUUAGACAGACAGACAGACGGGUAGGUAGACAGACAGACAGACGGGUAGGUAGACAGACAGACAGACGGGUAGGUAGACAGACAGACAGACGGGUAGGUAGACAGACAGACAGACGGGUAGGUAGACAGACAGACGGGUAGGUAGACGGGUAGGUAGAAAGACAGACGGGUAGGUAGAAAGACAGAAGAAGAGCGGUAGACGCGGACUGCUUUGGUGUGUGAACCAGAUUGCAUCUUUCUCUCUGAUACUACAGCAUGUCUGUCUGUGUAUCUCUCUGACCAGCGAUCUCUUCACCAAUCCUACCUACCCAUUCUUUUUGUUAAUGCAUAUGCAUGCUCCAGUGUGUCGAUUUCUGAUGUGAUCUGAGAAUACCUUCAAACAAGUGCUAUUGGCGGAAAGAAUUGACGAAACCAAAAAAAUAAUAGUUGUAAGGUUGAAUAUGAAAGGAAAAGAUGCUGACUAUAAGGCUCGUGAUUGUAAAGCAUCUGAGGGGGGUCUGUUGCUGCGAGGAAAAGCAGUGUUUAGGCUAAGGAAAAUGGCUUAAACGCUAUGGUGACAGGAGAUAUGGUGACAGGAGAUAUGGUGACCGGAGGUACGGUGACCGGAGGUACGGUGACCGGAGGUACGGUGACCGGAGGUACGGUGACCGGAGCUACGGUGACAGGAGCUACGGUGACAGGAGCUACGGUGACAGGAGACAUGGUGACAGGAGACAUGGUGACAGGAGAUAUUGUGACAGGAGCUACGGUAACAGGAGAUAUGGUGACAGCAGCUAUUGUAGCAGGAGAUAUGGUGACAGGAGCUACUGUAACAGGAGAUAUGGUGACAGGAGCUACUGUAACAGGAGAUAUGGUGACAAGAGCUACUGUAACAGGAGAUAUGGUGACAAGAGCUACUGUAACAGGAGAUAUGGUGACAGGAGCUACUGUAACAGGAGAUAUGGUGACAGGAGAUACGGUGACAGGAGAUACAGUGACAGGAGAUAUGGUGACAGGAGAUAUGGUGACAGGAGAUAUGGUGACAGGAGAUAUGAUGACAGGAGAUAUGGUGACAGGAGAUAUGGUGACAGGAGAUAUGGUGACAGGAGAUAUGGUGACAGGAGAUACGGUGACAGGAGAUACGGUGACAGGAGAUACGGUGACAGGAGAUACGGUGACAGGAGAUACGGUGACAGGAGAUACGGUGACAGGAGAUACGGUGACAGGAGAUACGGUGACAGGAGAUACGGUGACAGGAGAUACGGUGACAGGAGAUACGGUGACAGGAGAUAUGGUGACAGGAGAUAUGAUGACAGGAGAUAUGGUGACAGGAGAUAUGGUGACAGGAGAUAUGGUGACAGGAGAUAUGGUGACAGGAGAUACGGUGACAGGAGAUACGGUGACAGGAGAUACGGUGACAGGAGAUACGGUGACAGGAGAUACGGUGACAGGAGAUACGGUGACAGGAGAUACGGUGACAGGAGAUACGGUGACAGGAGAUACGGUGACAGGAGAUACGAUGACAGGAGAUACGGUGACAGGAGAUACGGUGACAGGAGAUACGGUGACAGGAGAUACGGUGACAGGAGAUAUGGUGACAGGAGAUACGGUGACAGGAGAUACGGUGACAGGAGAUACGGUGACAGGAGAUACGGUGACAGGAGAUAUGGUGACCGUUGUAGUGAAUAGAAUAAUUCAAUCAAGAUAUUAUGUAGUUCAAAGCAAAGUGCUGAAUAACAACCCAUCUUUAGUAGCCUCGCUUUUUCCCUUUAUCCCUGCCAGUCAUGUAGAGUGAACGUAUCACUUAUCACCAUCGUAUCAAAACGUUUAAUAGUAUUUUGUUGUGUGGUUACAACAAUGCCAUCUUACAGGGACUGUCUCUGGGCUACGGCUAUAGAACAUUCCCUCAUUCUCAGUAACUAUGUAGCUCUCGCACAGCGUAUGUUUUCCCAUUUGUAACAACGGUCUAAUCAAACGCUUUAAGAAUUAGGAUUAUGCGCUUCAUCUUCUUUGUUAAUUGUGUAUAUGAGGUACUUUAUGCCUUUAAGGGCAGUGACAUGGGGUUGUGUGUCAGCUGAGGGGAUUGCAAUAGGGUCCAGAUGUUCAACGUCAGUUCUCAGAAGUGUAAUUCCUCAACACUAUUAUCAUCCCCACCCAAAAAAAGAUAGACGUUUGUCCGGAUAAUGUGGCUGUUAUACUGUAUUCAAAUGAGAAGACCGUGGAUAUACUGUAUCUUAACAGACCAAUUAGAAUCGCCAUUUCCAGGGUCUCAUGUCCAGAACUCGAUCCACCAUUGCACACUGUUGCCUCGCAAGCACUUCCUGAAGCGUGUAUUCUGUUCUCAGGUCUACUCCUAUCUGAGACAUGUCUUGUUCAUUCAAGUCUUUCUUCGUCCGGAGACGGUCCAGUUGAACACAGUGUUGUGUGUAUGUGGGUCUAUAGGAGAUGUAAUAGACGAGUACACUGUCUGUAUUUGAACGGUGUCCCACUGUGUGUCUCUGAUGGAUUUCUCUGUGAGAGUGCUUUGUCGGUCUGGGUGCAGUCUCUUGUGUCUCGAUGGUUGGUUUUGGGAGGAAAGACUCUACUGGAGGAUGUUUCGCUGGAACUCAGUCCAUAUCUGUCAUACUGAGAAGAUGUGACAAUGCAGUUUGUUUCUAUGUAUACUUGAAUGUUUGGGCGUCUCUGGCACCUCUCUCGUCACUGCCCACAGCACUGCAAUUUCCCCUCCCAAACCAGUGGAUGAUUAUUAGUGGAUUAUUAAAACAAAAUAAGCUAAAUGUGCCUGAGUUAAUGGAGCAAACUAAAUGGUUAAAAAAUAGAAAUAAACAAAUGGUGUGUACUGGAAUUUCUAGAUGAAUGUGUACUUGAAUUUCGCUAUUAUGAUAUCGAGUAUAUCGUGUCUUCAUAAGGAUCAUCCACAGUUCAAGGAUUCUCUCUCUCUCUCGCUCUCUCUCUCUCUGAAAGGGAAAAGGGUUGUACGAUUCUAAAAGCAUGUCUGUAUGCAACUUUGAGUUCUUUGCUCUCUCUCUCUCUCUCUCUCUCUCAAACACACACAAAGUUCUGUGUGUUGCCAUGAAAUGAACAUCAAGUGACUUGCUGUCUGGCCAAUGCCAUGAAAUAAAAACAAUAAAUACUGUAUUCUGGAAAACA